AUGGCGAUGUCGAGAUUGCUCUCAAAAUCAACCCUUCGCAACGUCACAACGGCAGCGGCGUCGUCGUCGACAUCUCAGAUGACCAAGGCAGCCGGUGAUAUCUCGUCCGUGUUCCCCAGUUUGAGACCGGACUACAAACCGGAGCCAUUGCCGCCGCGAUUUCAGGACUUGAAAUGGGCUCUGUUUAAAAGACAUGAGGAGCCCCUUAAACAAAGUUGGAAGAGGCUGCUCCGCAGCUUGGAGGAGGAAGUGGAGAAGAUCAGACAGCGAGGAAGCAGUAUAAUCCCGUCUGUCACGUAUUCAGAUAUUGUCUCCGGGAAAAUAUCAGAGCAAACUAAGGCUGAAAUCCGCCAACGCGGUACAGUGGUGAUACGCAAUGUUAUCCCCCGGUCUACUGCUCUGGAGUGGAAGGAAAAGGCGAAAGAAUAUAUUGCUGCGAACAAGGACCGCGUGAAGGCCUUCCCGCCAGACUCGCCGGCUGUCUAUGAGCUCUACUGGACACCCUCUCAGGCCGAAGCUCGCGCGCACCCGAACAUGCUCGAGACGCAGUGUUUCCUUCAGCGCUUGUGGCACUCAUCCGACCCCGAAACGGAACUGUCGGUCUCGCACCCUCUGACAUAUGCCGAUCGGCUGAGGAUCAGACAACCGGGUGACGCGAAAUUCACCUUGGGGCCGCACAUGGAUGGUGGGUCGCUGGAGAGAUGGGAGGACCCCGAAUACUCCCGUGUCUACACCAAGAUCCUGGAAGGGAACUGGGAAGAAUAUGACCCCUAUGAUGCCAAGCACAGAGUCAAGGCAAAGAUGGACUUGUACAAUGGAGCUGGAGCGUGCUCCAUGUUGAGGUUCUUCCAAGGCUGGCUAUCGAUGUCUGACACAGGUCCCGGAGAAGGGACCCUGCACGUCUGCCCUAUGCUAAAACACAGCACGGCCUACACCAUCCUGCGGCCUUUCUUCGAUGUCGACACGUCCCUCCCAAAGCUGGACGCUACCUUCCCCGGCUCUGUCCCGGGAGCCUGUCAGGAAUACAAUCCAGUGAUACAUCCCCAUCUGGAGCUCUUGACGACCAUGGUAUCUGCUCCUCGCGUUGAGCCCGGAGACUAUGUAGCAUGGCAUUGCGACUCGUUGCACUCUGUGGACAAAGAGCACCGGGGAACUGGGGAUUCAAGUGUCCUCUACAUCCCUGCGACUCCUUUGUGCGAGAUGAACGUUGAAUACCUUGUCAGGCAACGCGAGGCAGCACUCAGAUAUUCUCCUCCGCCGGAUUUCCCGGGUGCUGGAGGCCCAGGAGAGAUCGGAUUCAAGGGCGCUGUCGACUGGUCUUCGUUGGAUCCCGACGGCCUUCAGGCGAUGGGUAUGGGCACACGACCCUGGUCGACCACAGAGGACAUGAGCGAGGGAGAAAAACGAGCCAUCAGUCUGGGCAACAAAAUCUGUUUUGGAGUCUGA